AGAGUGAAUGGGUGUUCUGUACUAAUAUGGAGAUUCUAGGCGGAGUGUGUGGAGGUUGUUCGUUUUCUCUCUCUCUCACACUGUAAACUCCCAUCACUGAACUCACACUGAAUAAGACACACUCUCUUACACAAAGCACUUUUACAGAUACACAGUCUGAGCUCAGAGACUCCACGAGACAAGGAGAAGAUCAGAGCAGACAUCCUUCUUCGCAACAACCCAGCAGCACAGAUCAGGCGUGUCUGAGGCGUUCCCAUCAUGCCAGUGGUGUUCCGCUCCUCCCCGCUGAUGUGGUCGCGGGUGGCGGCCAUGGUGUUUGCGUGUGUGGCAUUUAGCGUAGCUUUGUAUGGCGCACAGGUGAAGCAUGGUACCGGAGACUGGUGCGUGUUCUGUUGGAGCUUCAGCUUUGCCGGGACGCUACUGAUCCUCCUGGUGGAGAUCUGCGGCCUACAGUCUCGUGCUCCUGUCUCCUGGAAGAACUUCCCCAUUACCUUCGCCUGCUAUGCCUCUCUACUCUGUCUGUCUGCUUCCAUCAUCUUCCCUUUAUUCUUUCUGAAAGGCUAUGGGGGACGUGAGGAAUACGUCAACUGCCGCAUCGUCUCCACUGUCUUCUCCUGCCUUGCUACACUCGCCUACUUCAGCGAGGUCAGCUUGAGCAAGGCGCGCCCAGGCGAGGUGUCCGGCUACAUGGCUACAGCGCCAGGUAUUCUGAAAGUCUGUGAGACCUUCAUCGCCUGUGUCAUCUUCGUUUUCAUCAGCGAUCCGGUGUCUUAUAACCAGAACGCAGCAACAAAAUGGUGUCUCUCUGUCUACUGCAUCUGCUUCAUCCUGUCAGCGGCCAUCAUCAUUAUGUGCAUCGCUGAGUGGACUGGACUGCUCCCAGUUUCCUUCCCACGUUUCCUGUCCAUCUACGCUCUGCUCGCCGUAGCGAUGUAUCUCUCCGCCACCAUCAUCUGGCCCAUUUACAAGUUUGAUGAUAAACAUGGAGGGAACAGCCACCGGCCGAAUGAGUGUGGCUCCUACCAGGGGCUCUGUCCAUGGGAUAAGACUUUAGCCAUUGCUGUCCUCACUGCGCUAAACUUCCUGCUGUAUCUUGCAGACCUGAUCUACUCAGCCAGGCUAGUCUUCGUUACGGUUUAAUCACAGUAUUGCAUUGCAUUGUUUUCCAAUACUCUUUCUUCUCAGCCACCAUCUUAAAUUACUGUUAUUAGCUUGAACGAUGUGCGUUAGAUUAGCAUACUCCGACAUCACUGUAGUCUCCAUGUUUCUUUUCUAAAGCUGUUUAGUAAGGAGCGAUAAAAUUCUUUAAAUUAAAAUUGUGGUUAUCAAGCAGGCUAAGCAGACAACCAGGUAAUUUGUACACUCACUAGUUAGCAAGCCAGAUUAUUCUAGCUAGGUAACACAUCAGACUAGUUAGUUAAAAAGCCGAUACAACUGUGCAUGAAGUGUGAAGAUUUCCUCACUUGCACAGUGUUUAGUGGAAGUCUGUGAACGUGGUGUUGGACACAGUAUUGGAAAGUGGGCAUGGUUGCAUGAUCAGUGUGGUGUCUGUGGUGUUCCGAUGGCUACAAUGAUGCCACAUAUGCUAGUCUCUCUUUCAGUCUGUUUUUUCCAUUCACCACAAACACCACAGAUGACAUCACAUGACCUUAGACACACUGAAGUGUUUAUUUUUCAGUAUUAAUUUGGGAAGCUUUAUUUUUUAGUGUUAUGUGGUUUUUUUCCUCAUUUUCAGCAAUUGUACUAUACCAAAGACCUUUGCACAUCAGAGUAAUUUUUAAAGAAAAUUUCACAAAUCAUUUAAAAUUACAAUUUUUUAAAGUUUAUCAUCAUACUUUUUUUUUUUACACUUACAGCUUAGUUAGUUUUAAUAAUAAUAUAUUAGCACAUUUAUCUCUCUGAACAUUGAUGCUUUGUCACAUUAGAAGGGAUUAGCGCAUUGAUUGAAUCAGUGUUUUGGUAAUUGUUAUGAAGCAGCAUGUAGUGCUGGUGCUUAUGGAUUAGUGCAGAAAUGUUUUCACGUUUCACCAUCAAGUGUUUAAACACAACUCCUGAUAAAACCAGGUGAAGAAUUACGUGUAUAUUCUGAUUUAUCAUGAUUUUUACACAGUGUGUUCGAGCUAGAGGAUGCUAACUGCAAGCUAAAUAAAUUAGCAUGUCAGACUUAAGACAUUAAAAAAGAUACAGUUUAAGAACUACUACUCCUAUAAUGAUUCCAGAAAUAACGUUGAAGUUAUCGUUUAAUUUCCAUUUUGUCAAAUUCAUAGUCACUGAUUUAACAAAGAAUAAAAAAUAAUUAAAAAAAACUUUGUAUUAACCACUUCAGGGAUUUGAGGCCAUUUUCCAAAAACUGAAAAUAGUCAUGUGAUUAAAUUCUGGUCAUGUAAUUGGUCAGAAGAACUGCUAAUGCUGUUAGCUAAAUGUGCAGUUAUCUCAAUCUGUAUGUUUUUAGCUCAACUUUCAGAUGAAAUUUGUAUAUUCUGACAUAAUUUCACAGGUUUAAAUUUAGCAUGUUAGCUAAAUGACUUAAAAUACAAAUUUAAAGACAAUAAUGAAAAAUUGAUAUAUUGUGAUUGUGACAGUAUUAUUUUUCAAUGUUUUUCAAUAUAUUCUGCUUUUGAAAUAAACACGAUCGUAUCAGUAUUACAGUAGGUGUAUGCAAAUUAUAUAUGCUAAUUAUAUGCAAAUGUGUUUCGUAUGUAAAUAUCAGCUGUUAGUUACACACGAGUGUGUUUGUUGUGCAGAGUGAGUGUCUGUCACGGGCUGUUACAGUGAGGUUAUCACUCUCACACUGGUGCAUUGUGGGAAAUGAGCUCUGAAUAAAAAAGAAAGAAAAAAAAAAGAAA